UAUCAUUAUACGAAAAAUAAAAAAAAAAAAACAAAAAUAAACGAUUAACCAAAUAAUUCUUAAAAUAAAUGCAAAUAAAAAUAAAAUAUAACAAUAUUAAUAAUAAAUUAUUUUGAAAAAUAAAUUUGUGAAAAAGUAUAUAAAAAAUUCAAGUGGUGACUCGUAGAUGGGAAAAUCGUCCCCGCGAAAGCGGUUACGAUAAUUGGAGCCCAGUUUAUUCGUUAUCGGAAAGAAGAAGAGGCGUGGUGUUGUUCAACGAAUCGCCAACAGUAUUAUUAUCAUCAAAUUCAUCAAUCGGUGAAUGUGACGAAGAGGAUUAUUUAGAAAACGUAGAGAGUUUUGGCGUUCAUCAUUACGGUGAUGUCAAUUAUAAAAAUAAUUACAAGUAUUCAUUACGUAAAGAAGAAGAAAAAGAAUUUGAAGAUAAUAAAAAUAUAUCGAAAAGGCUAUUAAGAUCACCAACAACAAUAACAACAACAAAAGCAUUAACAACGGGUGUAUUAUCAACAUCUCGUGGACGCAGUGUGGCUGGAACUUCAUCAGUUGACGGUGAGGGAGUUGGUGGAGGUGGUGGUAGCGUAGGAUGGUGUGACCUACGUCGUCAUCCCGCUCGACGCGGAACAAGCAGCGGUGACCGUGGCCACGGAGGUAUUGGUAUUGAACGUUUGCUACUUGAUUCCGAUCAGGACGACGACGAAGACGACGAAGUGGUGGAAGGUGUGGGGGCGGAAGGGGAAGAAACGGUGGCGGAUCGGCUGGCAAUGUCUAGACAGUCCCGUAUUAUUGGAGAACGUGAAUAUCGAGAUCCAAGAGAUCAUAGGGAUCACAUUAUUAGAGAUCCAAGGGACAGGGAUACAUCAACUACUGGUGGUGUUGCUGGUGCUACUGUUACUGGUGCCGCCACCGAACAACAUUCAACAUUGAGAAGACAACAUCGUGAUACUGAUUACGAUUACGAGGGACCCAAUGCAUCUGCAAUAACUGCUACUGCUACAUCUUCUGCCCCAAAUCAAGGAUCAGCAGAUUCAAAUUACUCGCAACCGAGCUCAGAUUUAUCACUGGACGAAGAAAAAGAAAGUCUGAGACGAGAAAAAGAACGACAAGCAAUUAGUCAAUUGGAAAAAGCAAGGACUAAACCCGUCGCAUUUGCUGUAAGAACAAACGUUUGUUAUGACGGAUCUGCCGAUGAUGAUUCGCCAGUACAUGGAUCAGCUGUUAGCUUUGAAGUUCGAGACUAUCUUCAUAUUAAGGAAAAAUAUGAUAACAAUUGGUGGAUCGGCAGGCUCGUGAAAGAGGGCUCGGACGUUGGUUUCAUACCAUCGCCCGUUAAACUGGAGGCACUCCGUGUACAAGCCAGUGCAGUACGUAGCACUAAAGGCUUGUACUCGGCACGUGGUGGUUCAUCUUCAAAUCUUGGUGAUGGUGGUAUGCCAUCACGUGGAUCAACGCCACCAACUCCAGGUGACGAAAGCGAUAGUGUGAGCAACGUCCGACCUGGCAGAUCGACCCUUGCGACACCACCAGCAAAAGAAAAACGAAAAAAUUUUUUCAAAAAGCCGUCCUACGAAACUGCAACGCCAUACGAUGUUGUACCAUCAAUGAGACCAGUUGUACUUGUUGGACCAUCAUUAAAGGGUUAUGAAGUUACUGAUAUGAUGCAAAAAGCGCUAUUUGAUUAUUUAAAGCACAAAUUUGAAGGAAGAAUAAUUAUAACCAGGGUAAUGGCUGACAUAUCGCUUGCCAAAAAAUCAUUGCUUAAUAAUCCGACCAAAAGAGCAAUCAUGGAACGUUCAACAAGCAGAGGUAAUUGUCUUGCAGAAGUACAAGCAGAAAUUGAAAGAAUAUUUGAACUUGCAAGAACACUACAGCUUGUUGUAUUGGAUUGUGAUACAAUAAAUCAUCCAUCACAAUUGGCUAAAACAAGUUUAGCACCAACAAUUGUUUAUUUAAAAAUAUCAUCACCAAAAGUAUUACAAAGACUGAUUAAGUCACGUGGUAAAUCACAAACACGUCAUUUGAAUGUACAAAUGGUUGCUGCUGAAAAAUUAGCACAAUGUCCACCAGAAAUGUUUGAUGUUAUACUUGAUGAAAAUCAACUUGAUGAAGCUUGUGAGCAUGUUGCUGAAUAUCUUGAAGCAUAUUGGAGAGCAACACAUCCACCAGUUGUAACACCAGUACCACGAGCUAUAACAGCAGCACCAGAUUCAACAACAAAUGAUGCAUUGGCACCACGUGCACCCUCAGGGACUGGAUCAUUCGGCGAUCGUACCCACAGUUCAAGAAGAUCAAGAAUGGAGAGAAUUGAUCGUGAAAGAGAAAGAGAACGUGAUCGUGAAAGAGACAGAGAACGUGAUCGUGAACGAGACAGAGAUCGAGAACGUGAUCGUGAUCGUGAUUAUGGCACUGAGGAAGAUUCAUAUCUGAGAAGUGGUGUUGAUUAUGGCAGUGUAUCAAGACGUCGACAGCCACAAGAUUCAAGAGCACUAAAUGCCAUUUAGGAGCUGGAGCCCCGGGGUUUAUCGCUCGGACGAUGUCCCCAUCUCAAAACAACCGCCCUGUAGUUAUUUUAAUAAUAAAAAAAAAAAUAAAAAAAAGUAAAAAAAAAAA